ACCAAGCAAGAAAAUUCUUGUCUACAAAGGCUGAACAAGAAGAAACCAUGGCUACUGACCUCAAGCUCUUAGUCAUCGCUCUUUUCUUCUCUGUUUCUCUUCGAGGUGCAAAUGGCGAGAGAUGCGGCACCUCCAGCAUCCAGGUGCAGACUAUCAACACGGGUGUGAUUGUGUCCGGUGGUGACACGAUGUUCGAGGUCGAGGUGAAGAACCUUUGCCCGUGCAGCGUUAGGAACGUGCACCUCAACGGCGGGGGCUUCGCGACCACGGUGGCGGUCGACCCAACCGUGUUCCGAGCCGACGACGGAGGCAUGUACCUGGUGAACGACGGCGAGCCGAUCUCGAGCAUGGGAGUCGUCACCUUCCGUUACACCUGGGACCACUUCUUCCAGAUGACUCCCAGCAGCUUGGAGGUCGACGAACAGUGCUAGCCCAAGCAAAGUAGCUAGGCAGCUGGCUAGUUUCCCUUGGUGGAAUGCUGAGCGGCUACGUACUGUACCGUAUAUGUUGAAGUUAUCAUCUUUGAUACAGUGUUCUACCGGAUAAUGUGAGUAAAAAAGUUUAGAGAGAGAGAGGUCCUCAGCUCUAGCAGUGUUUUAUAGUUUUGUUAAUGCGUAAGUGCGUGACAAGGUGUGCUUGCUCAGUAUAAAUACGAAGGCAUGCUAAAUUUUACUCUGUACAUCGUUCAUAAUUUGGCUGACGUGAACUUAUUUGUUGGAAA